UCGACAGUUUAAAAAUCGAUCGACACUUUUCUUCCUUAUCGACAAAAACAAUCUCAAGCGAUCCCUCCUUAUAUAUAUAUAUUUUUUUAUUUUUUAAUUUUAAUCUGAAAUUAUGGUUGCCCCAGUUCGCAGGGGAGGACGUGCCAAGGGUUAUAGUUCAGAUUCAGAUGGUUUUACUGACCUUCUUCGUAAUGCUGCUACUGCCUUGGGUCUUAAGUCCGUAAAUCGUCAGAUUGAAAGUGUUACGGAAAGUUUUAUGACAGGGAGCUUUGUUUCGUGUAAUGAUAUUUCCAUGAAAUAUGAAAGGUGCAUGAGAGAGUGUGGUGAUGAAGAUUGUCAAAAGUACCAGAAAUCUUUGUCCCUGCACUGCCGUCACUUUUAUCCAACGGCCAGUGAUAUUGAGGAGGCGGAUCAGUUGUAUGAUGCUUACAUGACAAAUAACAAGACUCAAUGUGCGAUUCGUAAAAUGAUGUUUGAUGAGUGUGUAAGCUACGUUGGGGAAGAUCACGAACAUUGUAGAAGUUUCCGCGAAGAAUUGUCCCGAUAUUGUCAAGCUUUUGAAAAGGGUGGACAGCCCGCUGGUGAAACAGUGGGGUGGUGGAGGAGAAUUUGGGAUUGAUCGUAUAUAGUGCUUUUGUGCUUCCUGCAAAACUUGUCCCAGUGUUGUGGUUUUUCGCAUCUUGGUAUUUUAUUGAAGAUCAUCUGCAAAAAUUUAGUUUAUGUUUUUUGUUUAUUUGUAAUUUUAAGGCUAUGUCUUUGAAAAGAUUUGUAUAUUCAGACUUUUCUUCUGUGUCUGUUGCCAAAACAUUGGCUGGCUUCACCGAGUGGAAACCAAUUAAAUAUGGAUCAUUAAUUAUGAUAUUCUUGUAAUAUACCUCACUUUCUCCUUU